AUGUCGUCAGGGCCUAUUGACGACACGACCAUCCGUCUGUGGCGCGUACGGAAGACUAUUUUCGAGCUGCUACAGGAUAGAGGAUAUGUGGUGGCUCAGAAGUACUUGAACGAGACCAAGGAGUCCUUUGCUCAACAGUGGAAUGAAAUUCAAGAGAGGAAGGGUGGCCGGCACGACCUCAUCAUACUGGUCUCUAAACAAGACGACCCCAGCGAUCAACUCAUCGUAUUCUUCCCUGAUGAAAACAAACGUGUUGGUGUGAAACCGAUCAGAACACUCGCCCUGAAGAUGGAGGAACAGAGGCUCUCUCGAGCCAUCCUAGUGGUCCAGCAGCCUCUCACUGCAUUUGCCAAGACCGCUAUCCAGGAGGCCAGUCCACAGAUGGAAAUAGAGGUGUUCAACGAGUCCGAAUUGGUUGUGAACAUCACCCAUCACGAGCUAGUACCGGAGCACAAGCCCCUUACGCCCGAGGAGAAGCGUCUGUUGCUCGAGAGGUAUAAGGUGAAGGAAAAUCAGCUGCCUAGAAUACAGAGUUCCGACCCAGUGGCGAGGUACUACGGCUUGAAGAAAGGCCAGGUUAUGAAGAUCAUCCGUCCCUCGGAGACCGCUGGUCGCUACGUCACCUAUAGGCUCUGCGUAUAGUCCCUUCAGCUCUAGCGUAACGUCAAGAAGGAAGAGGAGGGUACGAGGGAGAUUUAAUACCACUCCAACUGUCUCUCUUUAC